AUGACUUUUGCUUUCGACUCCUUCAACAUCGAAGACCUUCACAACGUGGACCAGGGCGUCAUCGAUAAUCUUUUACCUUUGAUGCGGUAUCAUCAGCACUCGUGGCAUUUCGCCAUUGGUUUAGGCGACGACCAUGUAAGUCGCGGUGUCAGUCCGGACCAUCCCAUCCUCAGAGAAACACUCGAGCAGAUGAACACUCUUUUGCGCGAUGUCAUUGCAUCCAUGGACGAUGAUACCCUCACAACUCUUGAGGAUCAAGAAAUGGACAAGACGGGUAAUCAUGGCGGUGAUAAAGUCCUAGAGGCAAUGUUAGCUAUCUGGAUAUAUGGCAAGGUCCCUCUCUCCCUUCCCGAUUCCACAAUUCCAGAGGCCAUUCUACCGAUCAUCACAUUCCCAGAAGCUACGGUCCCCCAUAGCCAUGUAGACCUAGUGCCAACUACUUCCUUGCUCCUUGGUCUUCCCAUCCCAUUCAAUAAUCUCAGAACCGUCAUUCCAGAACUUUUCAGCUGGGAUUCCGACGUCAGACUGGUGAAGCUAUGGUCUGGGUUCAGUCGCGGUGAGCCAUCGUAUGCCGAUGUGCCUGGGCAACACUACAUGGUGAUGGACUUUGACUGCAUCCUGCAGUUCCAGAAGAUCUUUCGGGGUUGUCUUGAGGAGUCCGUCAAACUCUCGCUAACACAUCCGGAGCUAUAUGAGGAGAUGGGAAUUAAGCCGCCAAAGGGCACCAUCCUUUACGGGGUUGCUGGAACAGGAAAAACCCUCUUUGCCAAGGCAGUCACAAAGCAAACGUCCGCAACAUUCUUGUGCAUGGUCGGUUCUGAGCUUAUUCAGAAGUAUCUUGGUGAUGGUCCCAAGCUUGUUCGCGCACUCUUUCGCAUAGCUGAAGGACAUGCCCCAAGUAUUGUCUUCAUAGACGAAAUCGACGCUAUAGGUACCAAACGGUAUGAUUCAACAUCAGGUGGCAACCAUGAAAUUCAGAGAACAAUGUUUGAACUAAUUAACCAGCUUGAUGGCUUCAACACUCGUGGCGACAUCGAGGUUAUCAUGGCCACAAAUAAGAUUGAGACGCUAGAUCCCGCACUUAUCUGA